UUCUUUGUGCAGUGUUUUGCUCCAAGCAUUCUCCGGCCAUUUCAGCUGAACUGGAUAAAUCCAAGAGAACUUUAUGUAUAUGAAAAGAGAUUGUACAUUUAACGGAAGGCAGGCUAGCAGAACUUUAUGCAGACAGAUGUCUGAGCAGCUGGGAGUCAAAAGGAAUGCAAGACAUCAAAGACAACUGACUGGAGCUAUGAUUAGCAGACGGCAGACUCCACUUGGACUACAUAAGCACUGUGAGAAGUGUUUCAACAAAUACUGCCAAGCUCCAGCAGAGCCUUCAGUCUCAUGUGUAGUGAUCAGCUGCCACUCUCACUGUGGUGCUGUCUUUCAUAUGUGCAAAGAAGAUGAUCAUAAACUCCUGUGUCCCCAGGAACAAGUUUCAUGCAUAAAUUCUGUUUAUGGCUGUCCUUUUACAAUGGCCCGUUUUAAAGUGGCAAAACAUCUCCAAGUUUGCCCCGCCAGCAUAGUUUCCUGUUCUAUGGAAUGGAACCGCUGGCCAUGUGCGGAUUCUGAAGCCAUUCUUCAUGAGAACAUUAUGAAGCAACAGUCCAAGGAUGAGUGCCUGGAUGUAGCCAUAGCUCUGAGAGAUCAGGCAGCUCUCUUUAAAGCACUCAAAAUGGCUGAGCUCUUCCCAGAAUGCAGAGGGGCUUGUACCCUGGAAGAAACAACAGAUGAUAUUGACUAUUUUGAAGAAAAAGCUGUUGGAGGAAUUGCUGAGCAGGGCACAACAAAUGAAGCUGAGGCAGUUGUGCUCACCCAGCAGGAACGUGAAAAUCUGGCAAAAAAUAAAGAAGGGGUGGAUUUGAUUGGUUACAAAAGCUGGGAAAAUAUGUUUAGUAAAGAAUUUAAAGCAUGCCAAGCAGCAGACCUGUCACCCAGCAAUACAAAAAAUGCAUCUGAAAGUGGAUCUCCACGUAAAGAACAUGCUUCUGGUAGCACUGUGGAAGCAGCCAGCGGUACAGAAGACACUGAAAAAAACAAAAUCCAUCAAAUCAAUUUAGCAGCUGAAAAAACAGGGUUGGCUCCUUGGCAAGAUGGAGUGCUAGAGAGGCUGAAGAAUGAGGUUCCUGUUGGGGAGUAUAACAUGUACUUGGUGCACCAUGGAAGGAUGCUCAUUCAUUUUGGUCAGAUGCCUGCUUGCACUCCCAGAGAAAAAGACUUUGUAUAUGGAAACCUGGAAGUUCAGGAACUGAAGACUGAGACCACCUUCAGACCGCCAGUUAGUUACUGUGGCAAAAGAGCAAAGCUUGGGGAUCCUUUGGCACAUAAAAAGCCAGGUAAGAGCAUAUCCCUGGAUACUUCAGAGUUGGACGUAGAUGUUGAGGAACUUCCCAAGUCAAAUACAAUAAAAUCUACACUGUUGUGCGCUCUUGAGAGGGAACUAAAAGGUCAUGAGAUAUCUAAAACAAAGUCCACUGAUGCCUUAUAUGUGGAUAUUGGGACUCAAACAUACAGCUUUGUUGCCCAACCUUUUUCUUCAAGAGCUGUUCUAGCAGAUAUUUUAGAUACAAAAGACCCACUGGAUCUCCAUCUGCAUCUCCAUAGUGAGAGUGUAACCCAAAGAUACAACAAAAGCAGCUCUGCAUUUACAUUCUCCUGCAACCACUUUUUUAGGAGAGAUGAGUUUUCUUCACAUUUCAAGAAUGUUCAUGCAGAUAUCCAGUCCUCCUUAGAUGGGUGGUUCCAGCGUCGCUGCCCACUUGCCUAUUUAGGAUGCACUUUUGUUCAAUAUCCUUGGCAUCCUUCUGGGCAAAAGACAAAUGUUAUCUACAAUCAGCACCUCAUGGCGUUUGCUGUUAAGCCAGAGAUUGAUCCUGUGCUCUCAGAAGCCAAGAAAAGUAACUUUAUAAGAAGUAGACAAAGAAAUGAAAGGAUUGCUCUAACUAAUCUUCCCUUGGAGAUUCUGAAGUACAUUGCUGGAUUUUUGGAUAGUGUUAGCUUGUCUCAACUGGCUCAGGUGUCAGUACAAAUGAGGGAUAUCUGUGCUACUCUGCUGCAUGAAAGAGGAAUGGUUUUUCUGCUAUGGAAAAAGAAAAGAUAUUCUCAUGGAAGAACAUCAUGGAGAGUCUGUGGAAAGAUCUGGAAAUUUAGCACUCUGUUCUCAACUAUCAAUAGGUGGCAACUCAGCAAUAUUCCAUCCAUAGCUGUACACUUGAAAACUUGCCCUUUUUAUGAAGUGGAACAUAAACAGGAUCCUAUUUUGCUUACUAGCAUGCUUUUACCUCAAGAACAAACAGAAGAGAAUUUGGUCUCCACAUUUAAACACAGACGUGGAUGUGGACCUGGUUCCAAGAAAUUUCAAGAAGACUGCACUGAUUUCUGAAAGCAUAUGUCAAAGCAUUUGGGAUUCUUCGAAAUGCAUUGCAUAGUCUGUUUUAAUAGGUCAACAAAGUAUUUUUUUUAUAGUUUGCUGAUUGUUCAGGAUGAUAUGUUGUGCUCUAAUUUUAUAAUUUUUGCUUCCUACACUGGCUCUAGAAGUUCUAGAGGACCUUUUUAUCUAUGAAUAUUAUUUACAAUAGUGCUAUUAUCUAUUUUUUCCUCUUUCCUACAGUUUUUUAAAAAUCUACUGCUGCUUAUUUUAUCUGGUUUAUUUAAAUUCUUAUUGCUGUUUUGGUCUAUGAUUGGACAUUUAAUAAAUAAAUGUCAAAAGAAUAUUAUUAAAAACAUUAAUUGUAUCAUUAAGUGUAUUUAAAACUAAACUAACCCAAUUGAAGGGCCAAAUGCACAUUGGAAUAAAAUUACUUUAGCUCUGAGGAGACGGUCUUCUAUAUAACAGCUUGAUAACAUUGCUCAGCAUGGAUUUCUCAAGAAGUCGUCUUGCUAAACUUUCCUUAUUUAAUUUUUUAUUAGAUUAUUUAUUUAACUGAUUGUGGGAAAUGGGGUAGACAUAUCUUUAUUUUUUACAUAAUGUAAAUAGAAUGAAGAAUCAAAUGGGGUGGGAUGCCAAAAGGUUCAAUUCUGGGCCUCUCUACCCAUUAAUAUUUUUACUAAAGACUUAGGUAAGAUAGUGGAAGGUAUCAAUAGAAGAUACUUGUAAUUUAGGGUUGAACUGUGGGGUCCUCUGAGCUUGGUGGUUUUCGUGCAGACAUUUCGUUACCAAACUAGGUAACAUCCUCAGUGCUAGUAGGGACUGCGGUUUGCUCUUAUUUUUAUAUAAGCUCAGAGAGCAUCAAAUAAGGAAUGCUUAUCAUAUCUAAAGAUCACACAAAAUUGUGUGGGAUACAUUAUAAUGGUGUAUUCCUUCAACUUUAGACACAUAUUAAAACUUAAUUGAAGGAAAGAAUAUUCAUUUGUUGGACAUUGGAUCCUCCCACCUCAUUAUUUUUAUCUUGUUGCUUAUUUUGUAUUUCAUGACCUUUGACAUCAGAGUCUACAUUUGCAGAGAUCAGGAGAUUGAGAAUUGGUUGAAGAGAAAUGGAAAACAAAAAACAAAAACAAGCAGAAAGCUCUGCAUAUUUUCUCCUGCCUCCCUUUUUUCUGGUUGCCUAAGUCCCAAAAUUUUUUGCUUUUCAGAUUUCCUACUUAGUUUUCUGAGUCCCUAAACUUUAUAUUUCCCAUUUUUUAUUAUUUUUCUGUUGAUUUACAUUCCCAAAAUUCAUCUCUCUCUCCCCAUUCAUUGCUUACUUGCCUAAUGGAUCCUAAUGCCUAAUGUGAUCCUUCAAAUUGUCCCUCUUGACUCAUCAAGAGUGGUGUCUAUAUUGUUGGGGGGACAAGGGAAUACAAUAGCUUUCUUCAAUGAAAGAAAGUCUAAACUGUUAUCCCAGAAUGCACUAACUUGUUACAAGCAAGAAGAUUCCUUUUAUGUUUUUUAUGAAUUUGGAUCUGGAUUUAAAAGUACUGUUUUAGUGUGUAUGUUUGAUAUUAAUUAUUCUUUAAUGCUGUUUAAUGCUCGAGAACUGCUUUUUUAGGAAAAUGUCCUUGUAAGUUAAGAUUGGACAACAGAUAAAUUAUCUAAAUAAAUACUUUAUGUGAUCA